AUGCUCGUUUCGCGGCAAAGCCUGCACUGUUUGAGUGGGCUGUAUACCAUCCGCAACCACAGAGAUUGGACUUCCAUCUCCACUUCACACACAGGGCUCGUUGGCGCAUCCGAUAUGUUCUUGGCUCUCGGAAACACCGGUUCAGCCACGCAUCGCCGUGUCGUCGGCGAUGAGGCCAUCCGUGCACUCCCCGGGCCCGGCGAAACUCGUCCACUGCGCGCAAUUCUACCGUCGGGCUCUGUCAACAGUCUCACACAAUUUCGGCAUCCUGAUCCAGAGCUACAUUCUGACCAUAGAUUGUCCGACGAGUCGCUGCAGGUCCGCGGGUCGUGGCAGAAGAUCACAUUGCCACGGAACAUCAAGUCGCGUAUAGCAUUUGCGAGCUUCAUCUGGAAAAGCCGUAUGUAUAUUGUCGGCGGGCAGCGUAGCGGAACGUUUGAGGUGUACAACGACGCGUGGUGCCUGGACCUCACGAAGCUCGAUGGAUGGCGCCAGCUGCCGCCUUACCCCGGAAGGUAUCUGAUGCACACAGAGAUGGCCGUGCACGGAAAUAAGGCGUAUGCCUUCACUGGCCGGGCUACUAUCGAAUACUUCGACCUGAUCACCGAUCGCUGGAGACAGAUAAGGACGACGUUCGUGGACGCAAACGGACACUCCGCUCCAUGGCCGUACGCCGAGAACGACGUAGAUGAAUACGCUGUACACAUCGUCCGCGGACACAUUUAUGUCUUUGGGGCGUCGUGA